ACAACGUCGGCAAUCGUGGGUACGUCCGUCUGUCAAAAAUGAUAUUUCCCGUGUUUUUAAGCGUUGAAACUUGACAAUCUGAGGAAUUAUUAGUGAAAAUAUGCGAGACAUUUCGGGAAUUGACGCAUCGUUGUGCAAACUAACGAAAAAAUAACCUACAGUGCCGUUAUUUCUGGGAGACUUCAACAAGCAGUCAGGUAGAUAACCUCUGACGACUGCUUGUGUGUUAAUUAUAAAAAUAAUUAAAUAGAAUAUCACUAAAUAAACAAAAUGAUACGGUCAGAUAUACAUUGAAAUUAGUUUCUAUAAUAGUGUAGUGUCAGUUUGUGAGUUUUUAGUGAAGAAAAUAGUUGUGUAAAGGUAGUGAUGAUGGAUUGGAAACUAUGGAUUGCACUGCUUUCUUUUGCAUGGAUUCUAGCGCACGUCAAUUGUCAACUGCUACAAGCUCCACCCUCCAUGUACAUCGACAGGACUUGGCAGAUUCCCGACAACGAACCCGUUGGAAGCAAGAUAGCCCAAGCCCACGGCGAAAUUAUCGAAGGAUAUAACUAUACCUAUGGUUUAGAACCUAUUCACUUCUAUGGCAUGAAGGACAAUCCGGAACCAUUGCCGUUUAGGAUUGAUCCGAACAGCGGGAUGGUAUACCUGAACCAAUCAUUGGCAGGAAAAGGUGGCAAGGACCUCCAUCUCUACGUCACCAUGUCCAACGGCGCCCUCGCCACCAAAACCGAGGUCUACGUCAACAUCCUCAACUCCUCCUCACCAUACAAACCUCCCGUUAACAGACCUCCCUUCCCCAACUCCGGAGUGUUCAGUCCGUUUGGAGGUUUCAAUCCACGGCCUCAAAACACUCCACCAGGCAAACCAUCCAACAUGCCUCCUGACGAUUUGCCUUACUACAACAACCCUCCGGCUCACAUAGCGAACAAUCCACCACCAAUGCCGACUAGGCCCAGGUUCCAGGAGAAAACAUAUCCUGAUAGACCGAAGAAGCCUGGAAGGAACCAGACGUUGGACGGGAAUGGUGUCGAUGGGUCCAGCAAUAAUUUGUACGAGACUACGUCAAAGGAAGCUGAUAAGGAUAAGAAAAAAGAUGAAAAGGUUUCAGAAGAAGAAACCAACGCAAAUAGUCUGGACCCCACAGAUUCUCCUGUAAAGUCACCAGAACUAGGAGGAGCCUUGAUACCAAUUCUAGCUGUAUGCGCAAUAUUUUUCACGAUUGGUGUUGUAGCAGUUGUCUUUAGAAAGAGAAUCAAUUUAGGAAAGUCAGAUGAGAAAAAAGAUGACAUGAGAAAGGAAUCUACGGGGACCAUAUCCGUGAGUGAAGAACCAAGCAUCCAUUUGCAUGAUUGGAGAGGGCCUCGAGCCUUGAGUAACAGAUAUGAAAUGUGUCAAGGCGAAGAACAUCAUCAGUUAUCUUCGGAAGCUUCAUUUCCAGUGAAAAAUACUGAUCCGUGGGAGUUUCCUAGGCACAGAUUAAAGUUUUUUAAUAUUCUGGGAGAAGGUGCAUUUGGGCAAGUGUGGAAAUGCGAAGCCAUGGAUCUACAUGGCAAAGACGCCGGUCCCACAAUCGUCGCCGUCAAAACCCUGAAAGAGAACGCCAACGAGAAGGAGAAAUCCGACCUCCUGUCCGAGCUCCAGGUGAUGAAAAUGCUUGAACCGCACCCGAACGUGGUGAAAUUGCUCGGUUGCUGCACGGACAAGGAGCCCGUCUUCCUUAUUAUGGAGUACAUAACGCGGGGCAAGCUGCAGAGCUACCUGAGGAACUCGAGGGCGGAGCGCUAUUACAAUAAUAUGCACGGCAAGAGCAAGUCGCUCACUUCGAGGGACCUCACGUCGUUCUGCUACCAGGUGGCGCGGGGGAUGGAAUUCCUGUCGGCGAACGGGAUAAUCCACCGGGAUCUGGCAGCCAGGAACAUUCUCAUCACGGACGAGCACGCGUGCAAGGUCGCCGACUUCGGUUUUGCACGUGACGUAAUCGCCUCGCACGUCUACGAAAGAAAAAGCGAAGGUCGUUUACCAAUUCGAUGGAUGUCACCGGAAUCUCUGUACGACAAUAUAUUCUCGGUGAAGUCCGAUGUAUGGAGUUUUGGAAUUCUCAUCUGGGAAGUGGUAACUUUAGGAAGCACGCCAUAUCCCGGAAUAUCAGCGGCGGACGUAAUGAAAAAGGUCCGCGAUGGAUAUCGGCUGGACAAACCCGAACACUGCCGCAGGGAACUCUACAAUAUCAUGUAUUACUGUUGGGACAAGGACCCGAAAAAGAGGCCUUCCUUCACCGAGCUGGUAGAGCUGUUGGAGAAACUGAUAAUGACAGAGACUGAUUAUAUCGAAUUGGAGAGGUUCCCCGAUCAUUCCUACUACAAUAUGAUGAGCCUCAGCGGAGAGAAGCUUUGACACAGAGUGUCGCUAGUGUAGGUUACUAGAUAAAAAGCGUAAAAAAAUCUAGAUCACAAUAUACUUAUGUGAGUAAAUAGAGAACCAAAAAACUGUCGUAAACAUAUCCACGACAUGCCACUAGGUAUAUUAUUUCUUUGUUGCACUCGCGGUACUGCUGCUCUAUCUAUAUUUGGUCGGCAACUAAGGACUACGCGCCGAAUUUGAAAAUAUGAAUUUUAAAAAUCAAUAAGAACUAUAAAUUAAGAAACAUAAAAUUAACUUAUAACCGAACACACUUGCAUCCUUUGUAAUGUAAAAGUGUUAAUCUUCAUUCAGAACCUGGCAAUUAGUAGAAUAAAUUAGUGGUUUCCAUUAGCGUAGAAGUUUGUUCCUUUAAUU